CAGGCCUUCGUCCCAAACCGCGUUUACGAGCGAACCGAUCCGACAAACGGACGCGGGGAGGUAUGCAGUGUCAGUUGCAGCAGAGGUCAGCCAGCUUUCACGGCCAUAUGCUGACAAUACUGUGCAAAAAGGCUGCGGCUAUCUUCACAUACCGGCGGGAACUGUUCCAGGCGCGGCAUUUGCUUCGAAAGCCAUUCAGACUGCUCUACGGCUUGUUUCUGGCUGCUGAGAUCGCACUCUCGGGCCAAGCGGGCCCAUUGAACAUCUAUGAACCCAACUUGCUUCCAUUACUUUUGAAUUUUGCGGCUCUCAGGGGUGAUGAUGUUGAUUGGUCGCGGGUCUUCUUUACUUAUGCAUGUAAUCUGGACGCCUCGCUGGAGGUAUGGGAGGCUUGCGGCAUUCUCCCACAUCCUGUAGACCGGUUCCGCGCGAAACGUGCCAUGGAGCAGUGGUUUCGGCAACACGGAGUGCCAGUUCCAACGCCGUGGCGUUUCGUAGUGCCCUCCGCUGCUUGGGUGCCUUUCGCCCGGAAGUCGGUGGGGAGGCUCGUGGUUGCGUUGGCCGCGACAUCCCCCACGCUCGCACGUCUCCAAUGGCAGAGUUUCCGUGUUAUUGUAUCGGGCAGGUGCACGUUGAAGCGUGUUGUUUUGAACGUUGUCCGUUGGUCGAACAGCUUCAGCCCAAUGGAGUUCGGUCGUUUCGAUGCCGAUUCUUUGAACUGGUGCGCAGAAGGCAUAGACAUGAUCAGGUUCCCUAUCUCUGGCCGGUGGCCUGUGCAGAUUGCGCAUGAGGAGCAAGAGUGGCAAGUUGCGUGUGAGUUCGAGAGGUUGGUCUCUUGUGCCAGGUGGAUUCAUGUCUUCUGCGAUCCUGGAGGCGGUGCUCCAACACCGGGAGCACAGAGCUGACGUUGCCCGCCUUGAACGUGGCCAUGAACGGGUGCGUGGCCGGUAUGCCGACGAUUUGGUCCUUCUGAGCCGCUCGCGGUGUUCAGCUUGCUUAGCGGCAAAAAUCCCCAAUGUGUACGGUAACGCUUUGACCUUUGACGUCGACGACAAACGCCACGAGUUUCACGAUUCAGUGUCGGUGGAGUAUCUGGACAUGGUUAUCCACGUGUCUUUCGAUAUGUUAGAAUUUACGACCGUACAUAAGAACUUUACUUAUGCUUUCAGUGGCAAGGUGGCAGACAUAAAGAAGCACAACAUGGAACCGUAUCUGGGAUAUUUCAAUAGUAGUGUCGUGGCCAGGCACAGGGGCGAGCUCAUUGGGCGUGUCCGGCGCUGGCGGACAAUCACAGAGCAUCCGCUAUGUCUUGUUGUCCUCAUCGCUGUGGACAUGGUCCUCUGCAUCCGAGCGGGUUUCGCUUUGGAGCACGUUCGAUUACUGUGGCGCUCUCUCCACGUUGAUCUUACAUUCCGGAACCUCGUCUGGGCGAGCUUCGACCUGGUCAAGUACAGCUGUGCACACGUUCGGCCCACUCCUGCGUCUCAGCUGGCUGAGAUACAGCGGGCUGGCGACUUAGCCCAAUCCCUGGCGUGCUGUUCAGCCGGAGACAUGGCCGCCCUGAUGGGCGUUGUUGGUCGGCUGGUCCCGGCUGCGAGGACGGGACAAACUGCUCCGAAAGCGACUGUCCUGGCCAAGGCGCUGAGCACGCUCCUCCAGAGCUCCGUGCGGACGCCCCGGCUUCAUCCGGCCAUAGCGGCGGACUUUGCCAGGCGUAUCCUUGAAGGCCUUGUGGCUUGACUUCUUGGGCCGUUUCCCGCCCCCCUUCAGGACGGGGGUCGCUGGUGGAAGCUGGCGGAAGGCUGGCCGCAGCCGGCGGGAGCGACGGCUGCCCCCCCAAAGGAAGCUUGGCAUCCGUUUUCAGGCACGUCGUGAAUUGAGAGCUUGGGAGUAGAAAGUGUCACCAUGUUGUUUCGGCCGCUUCCGUAACUGUGAUGGCUCCGAGUCUUUGCAUUGACACGUUGUGCUGCUUUAGGCCGGCGCUCGGACGAUCCUACAGGGGUCGGCGCACACUCGAGUGGGGUUGCAUUUGCAGGUCUCUGCAACAGGAA